AUGCUUCUGGUUGCGUCCGGAAAAAACAUAACAAACUUUGAUAAGAAAACCAUUAAGCUGUUUUCCCCACGAUUUCUAAGUUUGGUACCGGAACAGGGCGAUGACGAAUUGUUCAACAUUUUGUCACCUUCACUGUUCUCAUUACACAGAGACGGUAAAGGAGAAGAAAAAACAAUGUCUCUCAGUCAUAUACUGAAAGAUUUGCCGAGCAAAGAACAAGAGGCAUGGCUCGAUUUUAUCGUAGAGGCAGCAGGAGUCACUGAUGCUGUAGAUAAGGCCGAGAAAGUGCAGGCAGAAAUAAGUAAACGAGAUCUACUCGAUAAGGAUGGUGUACCCCUUUAUUUUACAAAGGAAAAUACCAGCGAAAUUCUUGGUGAUACAGAAAAACGGAAGGUGGAAACGUUUGAGGCACUGAGCAGAAGUUACACUCCUGAUCAGAAGGAUGAUCUAGAGAAAUAUGGAUAUGCUUUCCUUAAUACAGAACAGUUGAAUAUUGUAUAUGGCCCAAAAUCUCCGUAUAACAAAUCGGACUCUCUUAGAAGGUUUAUGCAUCUUCGACGUAUGAACGAUGACCCACAUCAUUUAGUAGAGCAUGAGUAA